CACGGCAGAAGCGUACUUGUAGCAGACGAGACGCGGCCUGCCCCGACUGCUGGAUAAUCGAUACGGGACGACGGCGUAUUCGUUCAUCAUGGCUGUCCUAUUUCACUUCGAAGUGUUUAAGAUUAUUGCUCUUCAUUUCGUUGUCUUCGUGCUUUUGGUUGACUACACUUUGUCGGCGGAACAAAUCACAGCCUGCGACCCGGCGCGCGUGACGGCAUGCGUGGGGGACCUGCGCAAGAUGUCCAGUAAUCCCAUGAAGGACCUCGAAGUGGCCGAGGACGUCGCCGGACUUGAGCAGAAGUGCAGGGAGAUGGAGGACGCCAAGACCUGCCUGGAGCGUGAGACCUCGUUCUGCCCGGACGAGAUACGCAGCAUCUACAUGAACUACCUGCGGCCGGUGACCGCCUCCUUCCAGGACCUCUGCAACGCCGGCGAGACCAGGGACGAGUACCUGAAGUACGCUCCCUGCUUCGGCCGCAUGUCUCGGCGCGACGGGCCGUGCAGCGGCAAAUACGAGAGGCUGAGCAAGCUCAUGAGCUCCGAGAUGGACUUCACCCAGCAGCACAACAGCACGCUGCCACAGUUCUGCUGCUACUUCUACGCCUUCUACAACUGCUACCGGGCCCAGACGGAGAAGCAGUGCGGCCCGCAGGCGUACCGGCUCUUCGAGCGAUACACGGGCUACCUGAGCAGCAGCCUCUUCACCGGAUCCUGCGAGAAGCACCUGAACCACACCGAGUGCGACCCUGUGGCCUCGUCCACCACCGGCCGGGCGUCGGCCGUCGGGGCCUCCGGGCUGCCACUCCUGGCGCUGGCCGCCGCCGCGGUACUGCGCCGGCUGUCUUAGACACAGCGCACGGCCGAGCUCGCAACGAUUUCCUUUCGAGGCGCAUGCAGUAUCGCCGAGCCUUUGCUAACGGGGUGGGCCAAGCGGGAUUGGAAGGCAACGGGGCCAAUCCGUUGCAGGCGCGAAUCCCGAGUGGCUUACUUUUCGCAGUGGAUCUCUUUUGCUCGAUCUCUUCCCAUAGCAAGGCCGAGUCCUGCCCGCGUUUUGCCGGACUCGCUGCAGCGCGCUCUAAUGUCGCUCGCCUAUAUAUGUAAGAUAUGGCGAAUGGUCCCCUCGUGUUUCUCGUGCACCGCCCCUUCCACGCGUCCAGCACGGAGACGUCGCUGCAUUGGCUGCAAACGUUUUCACCAGGGAGCCCGUCACUACGGUGGCUCAUUCCCAGCCUCGACGUAAGCGAAAACGCCCCCAUUGUGACAGCCUAGCGAGCAUCGAGGAACCGCAGGCGGUCGCAUAACGAGUCCUAAGAGCCUCGAUUAAAGCGAUUUUGGAGCUCGUGUAUAGCUUCGGCCUAAAAAAGAGGCAAAGAAAGCGGUUCGAAGCGGCAACACUUUGAGCGGAUAAAACUUGUGCAUGAGGUGUCAGUGGAACCGGCGAUUUGGGACGAGCACGGACUACAUGCUGGACGGGAACGGCAACACAGACGGGGCACUAGACUUUGGCAGCAAUGGAAGGGAGUUUAUAAUUAGUGUGGCUAACUGUGACGAAAAGUUGCUCCAGGAAGACGCGUUGAGAAUGCCACGCGACUUCCGCUCGUAUCGCCUUCGACGUGCGGCAACUAAAGCGCGGAACCCAAUCCACUAAAGCGGCUUAUUGUCCGGUCACACGAUGCGCGCGUUUUCUUCACUGCCACAAACGAAUUUCAAGUUUGGUUCUCCAAACGCGUAACAUCAAUAUUAGUCUUUGGUUCAACGGACUUGUCUCACCGCAAACACACCCAAUAACGUUCGUCGGAAAAACCAUACUAGUGCUGCUUGGGGCAUUUUCUUAGACAGUAACCGCGCGGCGUACAAGGGAGAAGGGUUAUUGUGCGCGUUCUUUUACUUGUCCCGCCUAUACCUUCAGGUGGGCGAAUUUCUGGUUUCCAGCUUGUUGUUUUUUUUUCCUACAAUUUUAGUUGAGUUUAGUUUAGUUACUUUUUGCAUCUAAUAUAUAAUGAGAGUUGCAAUACGUCGGAGACUGGUUUGACUUCGUCCUAUGCAUAAAUGGUAGCUAAAACGUCCCUGGAGAGGCGGUUUAUCGUAGGUGUUUGCAGAAAGGUUGCGCACCUGUCGAUGAGGGGUUAAUCGCGUCGCAUGUGAGCUUGACAUGCGAUUCUUGUGGAGAAUGCAGGACGCCCACUUGUGUAUCGCUUUUUUUUUCUCCACCAUGCUAAAGUUUAAUGUCCGUCCUCGGGCUUUUUCUUCGUUACGCGUGCCCUAGUUCUCUUCGAAGCUGCCGCUGUGGCCGCGGCAGCUACCCAUGAUAGCCGGGGUCGGAACGUUGAACGCCUGCGGUUGUGAGCCUCAGCAGGUGCGCUUUGUAUAGGGAAGAUCUUACGCGCUUUCGAGACUUCAUUGCGAGGCUGUAAGUACCAUGUCUCAGAGUCGGGACCAGCGCUACCAAUUGUGCUCUAGUGGUCUGCGCAUGCGCAAGAAGAGAGAUCAUUGUACGUUAAAAAAGGAGGACUGUGGUCCUUUCCGCCAUCACUGCAUUGUAUUAAUAAAACAGGCAUGACACAUCGCGAGCGGCACUUCAUAGAUGUACUGAAAGCAGAGAAAUCUGUUGUUCGAGGGAAUCCGUAAACGGCAGCCGCAGAAGGCAGCGAGAAGCCGUGUGUCAUUGCCUCCGACUCCAUUUAGAAUCACGCCACAAGUCGUUGGUGCGAAUGACGAUUUCGCAUUUAAAGCUGCUUCAGUAUUCCUCUGUAUCCAACAAACACUGCCCACCCGACCUAAAAUUUGCUUCAUAACAUGAGUGUCAGUUUACGCGGCGUCAGGCAGCAUGCUCCUUCAUGUUUCGAAUGUUUGUACACACAACCUACCCACCACAUUUCUUGGGCUCGAUAAAGCAGCUAUGUAGGAAUCGUCAAUGUGGAUAAAGUCGCCUUCCACUGCCCGCUCCUUCUAAAAAAACAAAACAAAAACACAACUGACGCCGCCGGCACUGAGAACUUGUGAGCAUAAACAGCGUCGGCGAUCGGCAAUGAACAAAAGCACAAUGCGACGGAUCCAGCCGUAGAGAUAUCGAGUUCGUAAGAACUCGAUAUUUAUUCUCGUUAUGUAGUGCGAUGGCGGCGCGGUGUUUGACGCACGGCACGUCGUGCUCAUAUUUCUGGCAAGUGCACGUCCACUUGGCGUGCCACGUGUAAUCAUUCAAUGGCGUGCAAGGCACCCGAGUUCCCUCGGCGGCUACUUUACACUCGGCAGCAUCGGACUGACCCCUCAUUGGUUGUCAGCCAGCAGACGUCAACUGACAACGGAGCCUCCCUCUCACACUUCUUCAACGAUGCAGGUGUGGUGGGUGCUUGGCGCAUCGAUGUUUCCUAUGCGUGUGUCUUCUAUUAUGGCAUCCCUGUUUGUCAGCUCUCAUCCACACAGGCCGGAGACAUUUGAUGGACUCCUAUGUCACGCUAACCUUAGACAGAAUUAUUUUCUUGCUCCAUAGUUUUGCUUCGAGAACCUUGUCUGCUGAUUACGUCAGUGUCUGUGGGGUCCGGCUGUGGACAACAAGAUCACAGGUUUGUUUCCCGGCGGAAAAAAAAAGAAAGGAAAUGAACCAGUGCGGCUGGGCUUUCGGUUCAAUUCUAAGGCACCAAAACCGGAAGAACCGCAGUUGAUUCUUCCCUCCUUGCGAGCAAAGCGUAGAAGGCAGUACUUGAGUGUCUCGAAUUUGAACUGGCAGAAUAUUGUUCCGACAUCGCAGGGCGUGACAUAAUGCGCAGUUUAUUUUACUUUGAUAUGAUCCUCAUUUUUGUGGCAGUUGUCAUUUGGGCUUGUUGAUAUGUCAUCAUUCUUUUUCAUGCACCAUAAGUUCGUUCGCGAUGUCUUCGUAUAUAGGUGAUAAUGGUCGUCGUUUUAGCAAGUCAGAUACUGGAACAUUUAACCGCACGUCUACUUACUGUGACUGGCCGAAUUUCGGUUUUGCGUUGCGGUGUUUACGGCAGCAGUCACGGGGUUGUGUUUUUUAGGCUGUGCCGUGCUCGUUAUACGGUUGUUCUUACGUGGUUACUAUUGCUAGGUCACCAUAGAUCGGGGAAUCUUUGUGGGUGCAAGCGAGAGCCGAUCUGACGGGCAACACUAGUACCAGUCUUAUUUUGUGUGUGCUUGUUUGCAACCGAUGCAAAGUUUCGCUGUAACUGAAACGUUGUGCAAUCCUUGUCUUGGCAAGCUGCGGCGUGAAAGCGGCUAAUGUGUUGAUUAAGUUCAGGCGCUCCAAUCACUCCUACGAGCAUCUGCCCUUCAGUUGUGGUAUACAUGCAACGAGUUUACAGGGGCGCCUACCAAGCUCAUUUGAAGCGGGGAAGACAAAACGUGCUGAUGCAACUUUGCGGUGAACAGGAACGCAGGCGGCAGAAAGGUGAUCACCGUCCCUACACACCGGUGACUAUCAAAAUAAUGUUGGAGUUAAUUAGGCAUGUCUACUAACAUGGAUUCUUGGAGUUCUUUUAUUAAAUUUACACUAUCUCAGUAAAACAUAAUCGCCUCGCGAGCGCAAAUACGGAACGGUUGUUCGCGUUCUCAACCCGUGUCUCAAUUUCUUGGCCAUGUGUGUCGUUGCGCGACUGUCCUAGAAUGUAACUAGUGCAGCAGAAGUGGGACGAGUUCAUUGCGAGCCUUAUUUCAGUUAGGCUUACAUCAGGGAUGUAGGCUUGCAUCAGGGGUUCCCAAGCUCCCUGCGGCCUUGGGGAACUUCACCUGCCUUCACUCCUUCCCCUCUGCUUCUUUUCCCAACCGAUGUGCUGCUUAUCCAUGGCCUCGCGAGGUAUUCUUGCGAUGAAUGCAUACUUUUUACGAAGACUACCUAAGUGCGGAAGUGGUGCUUUUAAUUGUUUAAUUCAAACUCUAAUGUAAAAAUCCACCCAACGGAGUCGGAUUCGUUUUGGCCGCUCGCGGCAUCCUAAAAUACCGUUCGUGAAACCCCUGGAAUCCGCGGAACCAGUUCGGGAACCCCUACUCCUAUGAGUAGGGUUUCCAUGAUAGUUCGAUUCGACGAUGAUAGUUGAUUCGAUAGUUGAUAGUCGAUUCGAUAGUUGAUGAUAGUUGAACCAUGAUAGUUCGAUUCGACGUAAUGAACUAAAUCAACAGGGAAGCCUCAGCCUGUAUGGAACAAACUCGUCGAUGCGUCGGCUUUUGUCUGAGGCUUCCCUUGUCAGUCCGUCGGUUGAUCAAGGCAGGGAUUCGGGAUAGUUGGCCCAUCAUACUGGGAUCCUAAAUAGCACUUAAAAAUACAGGGACAGACAUAGCAACGACCACAAACCGUGCUGUGUGUUGUCGUCCUUAUGUCUGUCCUUGUCUAUUUGGCGCUAUUUAGGAUUGGCUGAUCACCUUCUUCGUCUCCGUCUUCCUGUGACCACUUUGUACUGCAGUAAACCAUGUGUGGCGCUGACUAGACGCAGUACGUGGCUGUGCUGAACAUACCGCAUUUGGCGCACAGCGGACAUAAACAGAGAUCGUCACUUAGUGCGAGACUUUUGCAGGCAAAUAGCGUUAGGCGGCGUGCGCGUCGAACAACCGAGUAGGUUGCGCAUGACCGGCGCGGUCGGUUGGGGCUUGCCCGUGUGAACAUCUUUAGCGUCGGGUUGUGUCGUCAGUGUUUAAUGAAACGAACGUGUCCAAGUGGCGGCGUUAUUUUGCGGCACCCUUCAGCCCGCGUGAAUAUAAGUUGGGGGCACUUUUCACGCCGUGUUUUCAUUGUUGAUAGCGAAUUGUGGUUGUUUUCUGUUUUCACAAAGUCUUUCGUUCGCUCCUGAUAUUUGCCAUUGGCCGACCGCCUUUUCUAGUGAUGACUCCAGCUUCAUGAUUGGCUGGAAUUCGCUCUCACAAACAAUCUUAUUGUGUAAGAGCAUUUUUUUUUUAAUACGGGCCCUGAUACUUCGCACUCUGAAAAGCUACCUAGCAAAGGCCAUUUAACUUUGCUGACGAACUUUUAAAAUUCUCACUAGUCGCAACUUUACAGAAGUAAAAUGUUUUUACAGUAUAAUUUAUACAUGCUUAUCUCAAGAACAGCAAAUUGUUGCGACAUUUCGCUUGGCACCACCUAGCUGCAAAGAAUAAAUGACUCAACGUGCAGUGGUAAUGCUUUAGGCUUUUGACGCUCUAGCGAGAUGUGACGAAAAAAAAAAAAAAAGGUGAAGGUUAAAAAAAAAAAAAACCCUUAUUCUUGAAAUAAGCUCGCGUGAUUCACCGUCAUCGUCAGGGCUUCGGAGUAAUGUGCCGAUGUUGUUGUUGCAUACAAAAUACAACGGCUUGAUUAAGGCCCACGUCAUCCGUCGUCUAUGUUUCUGAAAGUUGCAUCUCAUCCAGUCAUCCUCAUAUACCACGAUUACUUUUACAGAAAGUUUGUUUACGAUCUCUGCUUCCCCGCACUUGUCACUGCGAUGUAAAUUUGGAACACCCAUCGUCUUUUAAGGUUUGUGUAUUUUUAGCACGUUUUCUUGUUUCGCAGUGUUCGUUUUUGCCCUGGUUAUACUGCACGUGUGGAACAUUUGCAUGUGGUCGUUUGCACUGUUCAAAGAGUGCCAUUUAAAAGAAAGAAGACUGGAAGAAACGAUUUUUUAUACGCAGUGGCAAAGCCUGAAGUUUCAGAGAAAUAAUAACCACGCGCCAACGAUCAAACUGAGACUUGUGCACUGCCGCUUUAUUGAAGUUCAGCCAUUGAGAUAUACCGUGUUCUGGUGCCAUUCACGAAUCCUUGUCCACUUUGGGUUUCGUUCCUCCGAAGUGUUGAUGGUGGAGGAUCGCUUAGAACACCUCUUCGCUGUAUCCACAUUAACUCAAUAAGCCUAUACACAUUAUUACUUUUAAUUAAGAUCCCCCAAAUGUUGUCGUUAAUGCUGUUCACAGCUAUUUUAAAAUCUGUCAAUACAGGCGAUACUUUCGGCUAAUUUACACCGAGUCUUUUUCCCGGGUGGAACGAUAUCAAAUUAGUCGCAUUUUUAUGCAUGGUCGAAAGAAAGAUAUCACAGAGCAGUCAUAUAAUCUACAGAUCCAAGGGCUUAAUUAGCUGUUGAAAGACUUAUUUGACUGGCCACAAUAUUUACCUGGACUAUAUACGUUGUUAAUAAUGAAACAACGCUACCGACAAGGUGCAAAAGGAGCUGACUUAUGUCGUCCGCUCUCCUAUUCCUGCUUCUUACCCGUAUAGCGCCAUUUCGAUUUUACUCGUCUGUUUUUUUUUUCUUGCGAGAAGAAGCUAUUGACGUGCAUGGCCACGUGUGAAUAAUGUGCAGCGCGACGUUGGCAGGUAGCGAGCUCUGUGGUCUCGAUGCAUGCUUUGCAUUGCGUGGCCGACAUCGCACGAAAUGCGCCCCGCCCUUUCAGCUAUGCUGCACGACGCGCACAGAACGGGGCGGAAUAACCACCGUCGCCGAAAUCUCGGCUCUGAGAGGAGAAGACUCAAGGUGGUCGAAUUGCGUUAGUCGAUUGCGUUCAGCCAGUGUAGGCCCCUUUAUUUAACGGAAGAAGGCUCUCAAACUGCGUUUCACGCAACGAGCUGUUACACACCGUGCAGAUGAGGUUGCACAAGCGCGCAGACUUAGUGCCACCGCGCGAAAAAAACCUUGCAAGUAAUCUUUGGCCGGCAUUGAAUGCACUUGUUCUUCGCUUCCGUAAUCGUAAUGCAUUGUGGUAAACGAAACAAAAAGCAGCUGGAGUUCCUGCGGACGAAUCCUGACUUUUCAUAAUUACGCCGCUUGUUGACUGAAAAAAGAGUAACUUGUUUCACAAAAGGAUUUAUCCAGGAACCCACAACGUGCAGACAUAUUCAUGAAAAGAAAACAGAAAAGGAAAUUGAGUUUGUUCGUAAGGAAGUUCUGCUCAACAACAUUUAUUUACUGUGGCACUCGUGAAUUUUGCUGCUGUAGCAAUAUAUGCUUUAUAGGGCUUAUACAAUAUAGCCAGGUGGGUAACUUUUCCUUUAAUAUACCAACUUAUAGUUACCUUUAACUGGCUAGUCAACGGACAGCCGGAGCGUUGCACAAGUGACAAAUUCACGUUGUACAAUUUGCAAUUGAGGUGAUGAAAGACUUACCAUGGGCCGAGCAACGGAAGAAAGAACGUCGUCUGUGUUCAUUCAUAAGAGGGGCGUCAGGUUGCUUCAUAAUCGCUUAUUUCGACAUUGCGCCUUUUUUUCGAGGGAAUGGAAGCACCUGUGUUAGUUGGAUACUUUCGUAUCGCUUGCUCUUGGUGUUGUCGGAACGUGUUUGCUGAGCGCUUUAAUCGUAGCAUCUGUGACCAAUAUGUCUACUGUAUUUGCGCCGGGCUGUGUUAUAUGGCUGAAUGCCCUGUAGAACCAGCAAGCGCAGUGCCACUUUCAGUCAGUGCAAUUCAGUGAUCUUAUUUUCUUAGCUGGCGUUUACUAUUGAUGACUUUGUGCUAGCAGGCUCUUCCGUAGCCCAUUUUCUACUUAAGAAGCAGCAACGUAGCCCAAAAAAGUGUUAUAUACAAUAAAGGAAAAGGGAGACUUUCUUCCUUAUUUCGAAGAUCGGUCCAUACAAAGCGAGACAAAAACCACAUCAUCCCAAAUCGAAAGAGACGAGAGUGACUGCAGUGUUAACAUCACGUGGUUGGAGCACUCAUUCCUGCUGGCUUCCGAUUAGUGCACAAGUGAUAAAGAUUCAUAAAGCGAUAAAAGUACCAUUGUCAUUUUUGUUGCUAAAGCAAGCUAUCAAAAAUGUAUCGACAGCAAUAAGGCGAGAACGCCGAGCCACGAAUGCCUGCGUUGUGCUUAUAGCUACAAAACAAUUUUUUUUCUCUAAAAAAGUGCCCAUGUCGUGAAUGUUACUGGAUUUCAUCACGGAAUGGCACUGACGCCUUGUGAUGCACGUUCUCUCUUUCUGUAAAACGGUUGUACUGAGCCCAGGUCACAGUUGCUAUAAUGUUAGUGUUUUGAGCAACGCAAUUGUGAACCCCUUUGAUAUUAACUGUGGCAUGGCUUCGGCGAUCUCUCAAAUUCAGGUGUAUUCACAGGCGUAUCAUACUAUUGCAAUUUUUAAAAGACAUGGUCAUUCAAAGUGGCCCUUACUGCCUUCGAUUGCCGCCAUGGUUUCUUGAAUUAUGCAUAAUGAAUUUAGAGAAUCGAUGUCGGGAAAUUUCCCUUUAGAUUGAUUGUGGAGGUGGAUUUCAAAAAUGUUUUGUUUUUCAGAUCCCCCAAAAUCGUGCGAGGCUUUGUCGCAUAAAAGCGGUCACAGAGGUGCUUUCGAGUGGUCUUAGCACUGCAUUGUCAUUGUGGCUUUCCUUAUGGCUUAUUAUGCGUGUUUGAAUCACGAAAACCAAUAUUUGAACUUGCCCUCUUUUUGUUGUUACGUUCUGGUCUGGCCCUUCUCCGUUAUUCCGCACUUCGAAAGAGUGCAAGAACAUCAUGAUACUGGUCGUUUGGCUAGCCGAGCGUAUAUAGUUGUCAGACCGGCAGACAAGAUCGAAAGCAGGAACAAACGGAUGAUAUUGUGUUUGCUGACACUCGAAAAGUUGAAAUCAAUAGCUUGUUAUCAAGACAUUGCAACAGACAGAACUUUAAGGGCGUAAGCGUAAAAAGAACGACUAGCAAAUAAUUAUGUGAAAUCGAUGCCGCCGGCCUGGCGCACGUAUGAGGUUAUCUUCUUCUUUUUUUUUUUUUUCCUUUUUACAGUGGUUCCUCUUCUCCAGUGCCAUGUAGCUCCUACUGUUGCUUACUUCACAAUGGAAGACUAAUGUACGGUAGCGUGUUGAACUGGGCUCGUUGGUACAUUACUGAACUUGAAGGAAACAGCGCCAGUGCAUGGUACACACGGAUGUACCAGCGCCGUGCUUGUCUCCUCUCGUCAUCGUGCUGUUUUUUAGCGCUCCUCGAGUUCUAAUGUAUGGUUAGCCUUUGUCCUAUAUACGUCCUCGUUCUGUAUGCCCCACCUGCGUCAUUGGUAGGUGCAUUUGACAGUAAAAAAAAAAAAAAAAAAAACUUAAGUAUAUGUGUGCAAAGAGCUGCGAGCUGUUAUUGAUAUUUCCUACGCCAGUGCACAAGCAAAGUUUAGAAAGGAACCAUCGGUGUGCCAGCCUUGCGAUUGUUAGUGCUAACUUUGCUUUACCAAAGCUGCCAAAGUCUUGUCCCGUAUGAAGCUGCUUGUGUGUGCGCAGUUCAUAUUCUCUGUUUAAACGGCAUUUUCGGAAGCCUGAUUCCUGUCACGUUUGUGCGCACGCUUUGUUUCCAAGGCGGCGCUUACCAGCCAAUUGUGCCAGUGGCGGUGUCAAUAAAUGCGCUUUUGCCAAACUCA